UGCAAAGAAAGGUUACUGUGAUAGUGUGUGGUUUAUAACUCCCAACACUUGCUGUCAAAGGUCAAUAUUUACCCAAGGGCAAGAGCCACCGUAGAAAAGAUAGAAUGGAGUAUUCUCGAGAUGGUGGCCUCGACCAACCCAUAUUACAGGCCAACCCGGAGGAGCCAAACUCCGACCUCGAGGACGUACUAUCCGACACAAAUUUAUCGCACUUCCAGCGUCUCCGGCGAGCUGGGAUCCUAGAACUAAAUACACUCUUCCGACUUGCAGGUCCGGCAGUUAUUGUUUACUUGCUCAACAAUGUUACCUCCAUGUCCACCCAGAUCUUCUGUGGCCAUCUCGGCAAUCUUGAACUUGCUGCUUCAGCUCUUGGCAACAAUGGUGUCCAACUUUUUGCCUAUGGUGUCAUGCUUGGAAUGGGAAGUGCAGUUGAGACCUUGUGUGGCCAAGCAUAUGGAGCACAGAAAUAUGAAAUGCUAGGCAUAUAUCUUCAAAGAUCAACAAUCCUCCUCAUGACAACUGGGUUAAUCCUUAUGAUCCUCUACAUAUUCUCCAAGCCCUUCAUGAUCUUACUAGGCCAAUCACCCUCAAUAGCCUCGGCCGCAGCAUUGUUCACCUAUGGUCUCAUCCCACAAAUAUUUGCAUAUGCAGCCAAUUUCCCAAUCCAAAAAUUCCUUCAAGCACAGAGUAUUGUGAAUCCUAGUGCCUAUAUUUCAGCAGCCACAUUGGCUGUACAUAUUUUACUGACAUGGCUAGUGUUGUUCAAAUUUGGGUGGGGAUUAUUGGGUGCUGCAAUGGUAUUGAGCUUUUCAUGGUGGAUCAUAGUGGUGGCUCAAUUUGUGUACAUUUUGGUUAGUGAGCGAUGCAAGCAUACUUGGAGGGGAUUUAGUGUGCUUGCAUUUUCUGGACUAUGGGAUUUCUUGAAAUUAUCGACUGCAUCAGCUGUGAUGUUGUGUCUUGAGACUUGGUAUUUUCAAAUUUUGAUUCUGAUUGCUGGGUUGCUUCCAAAUCCUGAAGUGACACUAGACUCUAUCUCGAUUUGCCAGACAAUACUGGGAUGGGUGUUCAUGAUAGCUGUUGGGUUCAAUGCAGCGGCAAGUGUACGGAUCAGCAAUGAGCUUGGUGCGGGGCAUCCCAAAUCAGCUGCAUUUGCCGUUGUGAUAGUGACUUUGAGCUCUUUCAUUAUUGCAAUGAUUUGCGCCGUUGCUGUGCUUGCCUUGCGCCAUGUCAUGAGCUACGCUUUCACCGAAGGUGCAAUUGUUGCCGAGGCAGUCUCGGAACUAACCCCCCUCUUGGCCAUCUCUAUAGUGCUAAAUGGGAUUCAACCUGUUUUGUCUGGAGUGGCUGUUGGGUGUGGAUGGCAAGCAUUUGUUGCAUACGUGAACGUUGGAUGCUAUUAUGUAGUUGGUAUUCCAUUGGGUUCUCUUCUUGGAUUUAAAUUCAACCUCGGUGCUAAGGGAAUAUGGUCCGGGAUGUUAGGAGGCACAAUUAUGCAGACCAUAAUCUUACUGUGGGUCACUUUUCGAACAAACUGGGAUAAAGAGGUGGAGAAUGCUAAGGAACGGUUGCAGAAUUGGGAAAAGAAAAAAAAUGAGUCUCUUUUGAAUGAGUGAAAGACAGUGUUUGCAUAGUUAGCUACUCAGUUACCCCUUAAACAACCUGAUGAAGCCAUGGUCAAUCUCAGCUCUUCUAAUGACUUUCUCUUUUAGGAAGCACAACACCCAUCAGUUUUUCACCCCACAGGCGGUCCCGGUCACUCGGAAAAUAAAUGUGCCAUCCAUCCUGAGUUAGAACUUAUUUGUUUUUUUAAUUCCAAAUUACAUAUGCCAAAGAGUGACUGUGUUUGAGGAGCACCGCAGAGUGUUAUUACAAAAUCCACAAUAUGUCAAAGAGCAUAUAAAUUUGUUUAUCCAUAUAAACAUAUGCCAGAGAAACAAUUUGGCAAGCACACUUAAACUUGAAAGAGAUAAUGAUAGUCAUUGUUUUUACUAAUCCAACCAGAAAAAAAACUGCAAAUAAG